UUCAGCGCCUGUGGUCGAGACGAAUCACCAACGCUGAUGAGGAUCUGCUGAUUUGUGCAGCGGAGUUCCAGUGUUACCUUUUGACUAGCGGGAAGCAUGUCGGACAGGGCCGAUGAGGAGGUGCGGGGGGAGCGGAGCAGGGCGGGCAGACAGCAGCAGCUCCAGCGGGGAGAAGCCGCCACAGCAAUGGCGCCCGCCUGCCUCCCCAGCCCGCAGAUAACGCCCGGCCAGUCUUGGAGCAGCUGGGCGGACGGCGUCAAACUGCACGGGGGCGACGGUCCGGAAUCAGAGGAAAGUUUUAAAGAGUGCGGGAAGAACCGAGAAGCCAUGCGACUGUGCAGAGACGAUAUGCCCAUUUUUGGCCAGUGUCCCGCACAGGACGACUUUUACCUGGUCAUGUGCAGCCACUGCAGUCAGGUAGUCAAACCCCAGGCCUUCCAAGCACACUACGAAAGAAGACACGGUUCCAUUAGCAAGUCAACAUCUGCCUACUCCUCCUCCACCACGUACCCACUGUCGAGCUUGUCCUCGCGGAGUCGAUCUGGAGGUGUGGGUGGGAGUCUAACGGCCAGCGGGGGGUCCGUGGGGGCCUCCUCCAGUGGCAGCAACAGUACCCCCUCAGCCAAAGAGAAGAUGCCUCACCGGAAGCCCCACUUCCCCUCGAAGGUGCCGCCGGAUGACCUCCUGACCCCAGCUGUCAAAGUGGAGAAGAUCCAUCUAAAGAUGGAAUACUCCACUUCCUCCUUGUCCUCUUCCUCCAAGCUUGCCCACGUGCCCACCUCUUCCUCAUCCUCCUCCUCUGCCAGUACUGUGAGCUCAUCACCCGCAAAGCCAGGCCUUAAUAGUCCCUCUGUACCAAAGGCUCAGCUGCUGCCCCCGGGGCACAUCCCCAACGGAAAGGGCCACCUCUCCUCCCUCGACAAAAAGCCGGACAGCAGCACCAAUGCCAGUAGCAGAAGACUGUACAGGAGACAGUCAGAACGUGAGUUCAAUCCUGAUAUCCAUUGCGGAGUUUUGGAUAUAGGAGCACGUAAGCCAUGCACAAGAUCCUUAACAUGCAAGACACAUUCCUUAAGCCAGAGGAGGGCAGUGCCCGGGCGGCGGAAACGCUUCGACACGUUGUUAGCGGAGCACAAAAAUCGAGCCCGAGAGAAGGAGCUGCAGCACAGGUCCGAGCCCUCCCAGCAAACCCCCCCUCUCAGGGAUCCCCAACCGCCCCUCUCCCGCCUCCCGCAAGACCCCCACCACCUGCCUCCCCAUGGCAAUGGCACAGCCGCCGACGCCCCCAAGCCUUUCACCCCCAGCAAACCCAAACCUCACAAUCCUGGUCUUCCACGCAGUAGCUCUCACGGUGGGGUAAGCGGUUUAGGGGACCCUGCUGUGACCCAUGACUCGACCCAGCAUCUCCACUCGGCUCCAGCAAUUGACGGAGUGUCCCGCUUGUCCAGCGACGAGGGCGAGAAUGAGGAGCGAGAGGAGGGAGUGGACAACCUGGACUGCCACUAUUCAGGUUAUCACCCACGACCAGCUGCUUACUGCACUUUUGGAAGCCGACUGUUCGGGAGGAGCUGUUACUCCUUUGACCGGCGCUGGGAUCGAGUCCGGUGUGCACUGGCAGCGAUGAUGGACAAACACGUCAACUCACUGAUGUGGAAGAAAAUUCCCCUGGCGCCAGAGAAUUCAUCCUCAUCAGCUGUUGCGUCGUCUCAUCGGUCAAGCACAAACUCUCUUUCCUCUUCUUCGGGCUUCCUCAGCCCCUCCCCUCCGCCUCCUUACGGCCAAUCGUACGACAGCAAGCCCAUGCUGUCAUACGGGACCACCCUGAAUGCCCGUGCCGCGCCUCAGAGGGCGGGAGAGCAGCUGGUCUAUGGCGGCAGCGGUGGCGGCAACAGCAGCAGCAGCAGCGGAUCAUCCAGACAAGUGUCCUCGUCAUCACCCCAGAUGCCUUCAGCUCACUCCUCCUCGCUGCCCUCUACGCCCAGCUCCAGCAGACCCCCCAAAUCCCGCUCGGGAGCCAAAUCCUUCCGGGUCAGGGACUCUUCCUCCUCAGCUACGCUAACUAGCCCUGUCGCUAACAGCAACAACAGUGGCAGCAGCAACAGCGGGGGCAGCAGCAGUGUGAGCGCUAGCAGUAGUGCGGGGGCCAAAAAGCGCAAAAACAGCGCUCUACUGACACCUCACAGCACCUACGCAGCCGAAUCUUCCUCCUCCUUCAAGAAAAACUGUGCGGUGAACUCGGGCACCUCAGGGAGCAGCUUCCACUCGCUUACCUCCACUCCCUCCUCCACGGCUUCCUCCUCCUCAUUGUCCUCUUCCUCCCACAGUACGGGUGCGAAUUUCCCACCUGGUCGCGCCAACUCGCUGAGCCUCCGACAGGAGGCGGCCAGUCGCGGCCCACCACCGGCCAGCCCGGCCGAACCCAUCAAGCGCAUGAGCGUGGUGAUGAACAGCAGUGACUCGACGCUCUCGCUCGGUCCGUUCGUCCACCAGAGCAGCGAACAUCACAGCCACACGGACACACGAAUAGACAGCAAGAGGAGGAAGAGUUCACCCGCCAGCAGCAGCCUCCCUAACACAGGUUCUGCAGGAGGAGGUGGAGGAUCACAGGCUCCCAACAGGUCCAAAGUGCCCAAAUCUCCAGCAAUCAACAACAUCCACAGCAAACAUGCACGGCCAAUGCCAGGAACACCAGGGCUUCCCAACAACUCGCUCAUACAUCAGCCAAAGGCCCGCCCCUGACACAGGUGGGCUGGCUCUGGGAGUACGGAGCGGUGGACUGAAAGCCAAUCUCCGCAGGCUCCCUUAGCGCCCGUCACGCCACACUGCACGAGGCCUUCUUCUUCUCUUACUCUCAUCUUCCCGCAAUCCUCAGGGUGGAGAGCGCACUGGGCGGCUCAGUGACGGCAAACCGUUCCUCCCAGCCACAAGGGGCACCGGGGGACACCGUGCAACACAGUGCAGGGGAGGAGACGCAAAGUGUUUGACGCAGCAAAGGGACGUACUUAGGGGUGUAAUAUUGCCUAUGUGAUGCGAUGCUCUUAAUGGAAGCCCCCUUCGGAAGGUCUAUCGGGGGGGGAGGUUGGAAAAAGCAAGGGAUGCAGAGCUAUGAGCUAUAGAUAAGGGCUGGUACAGGGCCACACCAACACUACUAUGAUGAAUGGUUGGAAGGACUUGUACUUGUAGUAGGUUAUAUUAAUGAGCAAAAGAUCAUUUCUGCUGAUCUGUUCCGCGUGUGUAUGUGUGUGUGCGUGCGUGUGUGCACGUGCACGAGUCCAUUUGAAUGUGUGUUUAUGUACAUGUCCGGAUGGAUGAAACCAGAAUACUGGAAAUGAUUUAGUUUUUUUUUUUUCUUCUCCCUGCUUAGCCUGAACUGAAAUUGCUUGGAAAAAGAAAGUGCACAGGCAGGAAAAAGAGGAAAUAUCAGGAGUCUCAGUGUAAACAACCACAAAGGUAACACAGUCACGUUUAGUUAUUUAACAUAUUGAUUUAUGUUAACACCCAGACAGGCGGAGUUCAGGAGGACAGGUUUUUUAUUUUUUCAACAUAAAGAAAAAUAAACGAAUCGUAACUAACAAUCUAAUGAAUUCUAAAUACAGCUCUGGAAAAAAAUUGACUAUUUCAGUUUCUGAAUCAGUUUGUCUGAUUUUGCUGUUUAUAGGUAUAUGUUUGAGCAAAAUGAACAUUGUUUUACUCUAUAAACUACAGACAAUAUUUCUCUCAAAUUCCAAAUAAUUAGUUUUCAGACCUCAAAUAAUGAGAGUUCAGAAAUCAAUAUUUGGUGGAGUAACCCUGGUUUUUAUUCAGUUUUCAUGCAUCUUGGCAUGUUCUUCUCCACCAAUCUUACACACUGCUUUUGGAUAACUUUAUGCCUUUACUCCUGGUGCGAAAAUUCAAGUAGUUCAGCUUGACUUGAUGGUUGUGAUCAUCCAUCUUCAUCUUGCUUAUAUUUCAGAGGUUUUCAAUUAGGUAAAUGGUGGUCUCUUAUUUUAUCCAGAGCUGUAAGUCUUAAUGUUUCUAUUGAAAGCAUUUUGUUUACGUACGUCAAAUAUUAUCAAAAUUGGAGCAUAUGGAACAAAGCUAUAUCUUUUUUAUCCCACUAAGACAAGUAUGAAAGAUUGUGGAGAACCUGUUUAGAUUGUCAAAAUCAUAUUCAAAUAAUUUUUCUACCCCCAUUGUAAUCUAGUGCAGUGGCUCCCAACCUUGGUCCUGGAGGAGCGCUUGCCUACCGAAUCCAGGUAAUCUGCUAAUGAACAAGCCAUACCUGUUGUGUUGUGUGUUAGAGCAGGAAACCACCACAAAAUGCAGAACAUUGACCCACCAGGAUCCAGGAUUGUUGUUGGGAACCACUGAUCUAUGUAAUUGAUUCAAUAUCAAGCAUUGUCCCCCAGUUAUAUUGAAGUCCACAUAUACCAAGCCAGACCCCAUAUUUUGGACAGCUGGUGGUCUGCUUGUAGCUGCAGGUGGUUCUCCAAUACUGUGGUUUGGAACCAUUUGUCAAUGGAUUGGUUUCAACUUCAAGAGCUUCAAUCAAAGACACAACUGUAAAACUGUUUAUUUACACACAUGUGCCCAGCCAGACCUUCCCAUUCUGGGAAGCUAGUAAGUAGUCCUGCUUUCUGGCCUCCAGUGCUAGGGUCUUGGAAACCAAUGGUUUAUGGAAGUAUCACUGUUUGUCACAACUGGCUUACCGCAAUUGAUUUGAACCUGAUUAUUUACCCACAUGUAUCCAUCCAAGAUUUUCAUAUUCUGGAAACCAGUAGAUUCAUAAUUUUUGAUGUUAGCCAUAACUGUCUUGCCCCAGGUGAUUUAGAACUGCUUAUUCACCCACAUGUACCUAGCCAGACCCAAUGUAUGUAUUUUGGAAAGCUAGUGUUUCUAGCUUCUUAAGCACUUGGUUUGGGAGCCACUGAGGUCCCAUCUUCUAAAUUAUUGGUGUAAGCCCAGUCGAUAGAAACCUGUUUAUUUGCCCACAUGUACCCAACCCAUCCUCUAUAUUCUGGGAGGUUAAUGGUCCUCCAGGACAAGGGCUGGAAACCACUGAUCCAACUUCAAGAGCUUCAUUCAGAUUUAUUGAAGUUUCUAAAUUUUUCCAACUAGACCUUCCCAUUCUGGGAAGCUAGUAAGUAGUCCUAGUUGCUUGUUGUCCUUUAGCACUAGGGUCUUGUAAACCAUUGAUUUAUGCAAGAUCUUUCUUCAUGUACAAGAAAAACUUAAAUUAUCGAUGCUAGCCACACAAUUAGUCAUCCAGUUCUAGGGUUGGGAACAACAAAUCUACAGAACCACAGGAAUACUGGUAGAUUCUCAAUUAUAGGUGUUAGCCAUAGCAUAAGUGUUACUAGCUUCUAAUAGUCCUCCAGCACUUGGUUUGGGAGCCACUGAUCUAAGAAAUAGGUCUCAUCUUCUCAGUUAUUGGUCUUAACCCAGUCGAUAGGAACCUGCUUAUAAAGUAACCAAAUCAAGCCUGUAUAAACUGAAAAGUUAAUGGUCCUCCAGGACAAGGGCUGGAAACCACUGAUCUAAGAAAUAGAUCCAACUUUAAGAGCUUAAUUCAGACUUAUUCAAGUUUCUCGAUUAUUGGUGUUCGCCACAACUGUCUUACCCAAGUCGAUUUAAAUCUACUUAUUAUGUACCCACAUGUACCCAGGCAGACCACCAUAUUCUAGACCUGUUCUAUUGGUCCUCGCAGCCUUCUCCCCUUCCUCACUUGACAAGAGUUACCUUAAUUCCAGCAAACUGUUUUAUCACUUCUAAUCACUUCUUAUCCUUCUAAGAUAUGACUUGAUGACAAAACCUUUAAAAACAUUGUAACUGCUACUUUACAAGUACUGACUGUUGGUAGUAUUUGCCUUGGAAACACUGUCGUUGUCAGUCUUAUCAAUGUACGCAGACCCUCAGACAGUUACAGAGAAUGUCAGUCGCCUUCGGUUGUUCCUGUCCAGACGUCGUGGCCCUCAUCACUACAGCUACUUGGAGACAUCGUCAUUCUGUAGGAGACAAAUACACUAACGAGAUUUGUCGUGUGCCCAAUCACUGUAGCUUCUAGAGCAGUUAGUACGAGAACAGAGAGAGGCUUUUGAGUAUAUAGAAGAUUGACAUCUACACUAUAACAUGUUACACGAAUAUACACAGUACACAAGUUUACUGUGCCCUCUGUUAGUGACUCAAAUCUGGUUCUGCACUGUACUCAAACAUAAAGGGGCUACAAAUGGUGCUUUGAGGGAUGCCAUGGCAGACAAACCACUUAUUUAAGGUACCUUACACCUUUAACUAGCUUAAUCAGUUUUAUGGAGCUAAAAGUAGUUAUUUUUACGGCAUUCCUUAAAGAACCAUUUUUAACAGCUUUAUUUUUUUGUAUGCAGUAUGCAGGAGUUUGUUAAAGGCUUUUAAGGAAUUCUUUGGUGGUGAAUCUAGCUCACAAUUUUAUUAUUCCACAUUCCUCCAUGUGUAGUUAAAUAAUCAGCUAAGACCACCUGUAGGUUUUGCUUCUAUAGUUUGAAACUGGAGCUAUGUAGUUAACAAGCUUAUAUUGUUCAAACUGUGGUUUAUUUGUUAAUUAGCUACAUGACACUUUGUCCUUUUUUGAAGAUAGCAGCUUCGGAAAACAUAUAAGCAAAUUUAAGAUGAAUGAACUUGACACAGCUCAAGGAUAGCGUGUGCAGUUUGUAGCUAGCUAGCUACAAUGCUAAUCAAAAGCUAAAAACUGUCCCUGCCUCUAAGCUUCUAUGAUAGCCUCAUAACUUCACUCUAAAACCUUAAAAAAUAGUUUAAAGUUUUGAGUAAAAUGAGUACCUACAUUUUGUUUUGUUUUUUUUAGUUAGCUAUAGAUAGCAGCUUUGAAAAACACAUAAGCACAUAAGUUUAAGAUCAGUGAACUUAACACAGUGCAAGGUUAGUGUGCGCACUUUUUAGCUAGCUACAAUGCUAAUCAAAAGCUAAAAACAAUUCCCGCCUCUUAGCUUCUCAGAUAGCCUAAUAACUCCAGUCUAAAACUAGUUAAAGAAGCAAAUUUGCAAGCACUAGACAAUAGACUAGAUUUGCUUAUUGUUAUCAACAUGGCUAGCUAAUUAACAACUCAGAAGUAUGGAGGACAGUGUGUGAAUUAAAUUUUAAGGUUAGUUGGAGAUUCAGGUUUACAAAUUGUCCCAUUCCUGCGAUAUGUAGUUAUAAAUUCAGUUAAAACCAUAGGUUGAUGUUGCUUCCUUAGUUAGUAUCUGAAGCUAUGUGGCUAAAUAAUGUCGCUAACAAACUUGUAUCUUUAAAUUGUACAUAGCAGCUUUGGAAAACAUAAGCAAGUUUUAGACUAUUGAACUUGACCAAGUUCAAGGCUAGUGUGUGCAGUUCGUAACUAGCUACAAUGCUAACCAAAAGCCUUUUAACUUCUCUGAUGGCAUCGUAAAAUUAGUCUGAAACUAGCUAAACUACUAAAUACUAGACAUGACUUGCUAAUUACUAACUAACUAACUUGAAAAGUGAAUUAUCUAUUUGGAAUAAUGGAGAAAUUAAUUGUAUGAUUUAUAUAUAUAUAUAUAUAUAUAUAUAUAUAUGUAUGUAUGUAUGUAUGUAUAUAUAAAUUUACCACAAAAGGGAAUAGCUUCUUUAUCAAUACCUUUAUAUGUGAUUUCAGAUUGCUUGUCACUAGAUAUAAAUUUUCUGUGUAUUAGCUCCUCUGUUAGCUUCAAAACUCCAGUUUAAAACUAAAGAAGCAAACUUCAUUCACUAGCUAGCUUCAUCCACACAUCAAUGAACAAAUGCCUUUAUGACGUAAAGACAAAUGAUCACUAGCAAGACUUUUGAGGGUUUUUGUUUUUAGCCUCUUUAGCUAGCAUUUUCUGGACAAAGCCUUUAAACAGCCUAGCGUAGUGCAGUGAGGAGAAGUUGCUCGUUUCACACGUGACUACACAGUAUCAUCUCAGUGACGGCACGGAGAACAACUGCACAACAUGAGACAAAGUACUGUGAGAAGUUCCUACUGAAUGAUCGUUAGCCUGUUUUAGCCAUACGCCUUGGUCUGAGUUCGAAAGCAAUCUCCGCCAUCUCGUGUUCAAUAACCACUAUCCUGUUUCUGUUGCCACUUCUAAUAAUGGCUAAUCCUGUUUUUUGCAGCGGACGCUGCGCUAAUAUAGUGUUUAGUUUGGUGAGAUAAAAGAAGAAAAUAAGGGAUUUGAGAAGCUUAAAGAAGCUUUGAAAAGAGGAGGAGAGAGAGUAUUAUUUAAACACAGUGAAGCUGUGGAGACGGUAAUAGCGACAAUGUUAGCUUUGGCCUGCUUCUAUAUCUGACAAAUAAAAGCCUAAAAUAAAAAAAUAUAUAAAAUAAUUAUGAUUAUAACAAUAAUAUUAAUAAUAAUCCCCUAACUCUACUGAUGUCAGUCAGCGAUCGUAGCUGAGAAGCGAGAGCGUUUUUUUCUACCCUCGGCUUUUUUCUAUGGAUGAAUAUUGAAGUUAUAACCCUAUUUCAGAAGACAUAUUUUGUUAAAAGAAUUGUACAUAAUGAGAUGUAUUUUUGCACAGGCAUUUUCUUACACACGUUUUUUGGUACAACUGAGAUCUUUCUUUUUUUUUCGUUGUUGUCCUUGUUGUCGUUGUUAUUUAUUAUUUAGUGAAUGGAUCAGUUUUGAGAUUAUUUGAAGUGGUUCACUGCCAAGCCAAUAAUGCAAUACGCCUAUUACUAGCAAAUCAGAGCUUCUUAUUUCCAAAACAGUCUUGUACUGAAAUCCUAAAUCCUUACGAAAAAGAAGAGUGUUGCCACCAUAGUUGGGAGUUAGUUGGCAAGCUAGAUAUGCGAUUGAAGUUUUAGUUUAGGUAUUCUUGGCGUUUGUUAGUCUAAUAUAUAUACCCUACCCCUCCUGCCCAGCUCAGCCAAUCAAAGUGAACAGCGAGGGAACAGAAAGAUUCACGACACUGCGAUGUGAUGCGAUUUCAUCUGUCCCUUGUAUUUCAGUGGAGCAAAAAAUUAUCGUAACCCAUGUCUGUACGCUAACACGACUGUGUAGGGUUUGCUGAAUUUCUUUAAUGGGGAGAUGAAAGCAACUACUUUAACGUGAAAAAGGAGAGUGAACACUUAGUGCAGACCAGUUUUUGCACCACCGUUGCCAAACAUUGUAUUUCGAAACACACUGCUUUUUAAUCAGCCGUUGUUUUGCAGCUUUUCAAAUGAUGACUAAAAAGUGCCUGAAUUAGUUUCUCAUCAGCUGUUUUUAUUAUGAUUUUGUUUUUAUUUUUUUAUUAGAACAGUAGGAAUUUUCUGUCACGUUACUUGAAUGUCAUGUACAUGGUUUUAGGAGCUUGCUUCCAGUAGCUUGAGUCUAAUAUGUGGUCCUUUCCUUUUUUCACAUACACUCUUUAAAGUAUGCUUCAGAAGGUGAUUCAAAUGGUUAAUAUAUGAGCACUGGCAUAGAUAUAACUCAGGUCUUUAAAUCUGGCAUCUGUGUUACUGAAGAGGAUAAAAUAUACCCUUAAAAACAAAUCAAAUACCAAUUUAGUUUUUCAUGGGGUGCCUUUUUCCCCCAAUGAAUUGUUGGCGAGUUAGCCAUGCCAAAUUGCCACCUAGUUGCAAGUGUAUAUGGUACACUGUCAUGGCCCAAUGGCGCUCUAACACCUGAGUUUCUACUCUGUGAUGGCCCAGUGAUUUAGGUUAGCUUCUGGAACCCACCAUGUCCUUGACUGCAUCCGUGGUCUUCAAUCAGGGUUGCAGAGCGAUUUUGUGGACACAGCUGAUGUAUCCUUCCUGGCCCUAUCCACAAAAUCUUCUAUGCAUGUUCAAAGCAAAGAGAAAAACACCACCAAAAUGACCAAAAGUUCUGAAAACCCAAGCAUCCAAAACAGAGUGUUUCAAGAGUUUGAAUUAUUAUUUUUUUUCACAGUCAUGAGAACAAAGUUUUACAUGCUCACAUUUGUUCGAUUAUUCUAUAAGUGAGACCAUUAGGCUACUUAUGAAUAACCUGCAUCCUACCAAGGACCGAGAUUACGUUUCUCAGACAGGGAUCAAGCCUAAUAGUAGACUAUGGAAAAUCUCUGUUUACAGUGUUGUGUAGUCCAACACUAUGCUUAGCCCUGUCUGGGAAACAGCCCCAUAUUGUUUUAAUACAAUUUUACUCAAAGUAUUACAAAUUCCAGGGCUGAGAACUGGAUUUAAGGGCCAGAUAUGAAGACCUCUGCCAUAGAAGAACCACCUCUGCUUCCAGAACCAUGUUCCAAAAGAACAAUGUUUGGUAUAAAGGUCUAAAGAACCAUAACUUUCUGUAACUUAACCAGUUUGUAGGUUGAGUUUUUUUACAUGUACAAGUCUCUACUUCUCAUUUGUGGUUCUUCUUUGGCAUCCCUCAAACAACCAUUUGAAGCCCCUUCUAUUUUACGAGUGUAGUGCAGCAAGUCCUGCUUUAGCCGCCAGCUAAAGUUCUAUUUUCGAGGCCUAGGUUUUUUUGUGCUUCUUACACAAAGCAUAUUAGGUCCCUUUAAAUCAAUUGAGUUUUUAUUAAUAACUAUAAUAAUUCUUCAAACCCUGAUUAUUAACUCCAGUCCACAGCUGAUGUUUCCAAAGGAUGAAAAACAUGGAAUAUAUUUUGCUAAAACAAGCACAGAUCUGGAAUGUGAAAUCAAAUCAAGACAGAGCCCAGAUUUUGAAGGAGAAGCAUCAAUGUAGAAUCCUAGAACUGAAAUGAUGUACAAGUGUGUAUAAUUGAGUUGUGUUUUCAUUGUUUUUUUUUUAUCUACAUAAUCAAAAUCAUUUGAUCAGCUGGACUUUUGUGUGUUGGCUGCUAUGUAAUUCAUGAAAAACAUAGUAGGUUAGAUUUACUUAAUAUUUAAAGAAAAGAUUGUAUAGUCUAUUUGUUUUGUAACAGGUUUUCUGUAAAUAAAAAAAGUAAUUUAUACAGUUAUUUAUAAGAAAAGAAA